UACCACCUGUUCUCAACAUCUGAACCUGUAAACAUUUGUUCUAAUAUUUCAGAGCUACCAGUUCAACGAGAAUGGCUGGCCCCAGUCCUUUAGUGUUAUGUGGUCCAUCAGGGGUAGGGAAAUCUACACUACUCAAGAAAAUGCUUGAAAAAUAUGCAAAACAUUUCGGGUUUAGUGUCUCUCACACAACAAGAAAACCCAGGGAAGGAGAAGAAAAUGGGAAGGCUUAUCACUUUGUGACAAAAGAAGCUAUGGAGGCAGCAAUAUCGCAAGGGGAGUUUAUUGAGCACGCAGUAUUUGCCGGGAACAUGUACGGUACAAGUAAAGCUGCAGUGGAAACAGUCAGAAACAAAGGAUUGAUCUGUAUCCUUGAUAUUGAUCUGCAGGGUGUGAUGAGUAUAAAGAAAACUGAUCUGAAUCCUAAAUACAUUUUUAUCAAGCCUCCCUCCAUCACUGAGUUAGAAACCAGAUUAAAGGCUCGAGGCACUGAGACUGAGGUUUCUCUUCAGCGUAGACUUGAAGCUGCCAAAACAGACUUGGAAUAUGCAGAGAAACCAGGAUACUUUGAUCUAGUGAUCACCAACGAUGAUCUGAAUGCAGCCUAUGACAGUCUUGAGAAAUAUAUCACUGAAGUUUACAAACUUACUCAGAGUUGAUCAAUCAUCACGUCCUUUAUCAACCUUCUCGUCCUUGAUCAAUCAAUCAAUCAAUCUAUCCAGAAUGAUCUGCAAUAGUAUUCAAUCGAUCAAGCAAUAUUAAUUUUAAUGUAGUUUGUACAAUUUGUAAAAAAAUAUUUUUAUAUUUUUUCUCUUCAGUUUCUGUUUUCAUGUAAUUAAAGAAUCAAGAACAUUGUAUGUAUUCCAAACUGAAAGUGUAAAAAAGUUGUGAAAAUAUCUUUAAUUUGUUUAUCACCAGCGUGACACUUAUACCUUGUUUAUUUCAAAUUCUUGCUUGCAAGAUGCAUUGUUAAAAAAGAAGCCACUUUUACACAUUUUGUGAAACACUAGCUUACUAGGCUCACCGUAAUUAAUCAGUAUUAGUUAUAUAGUUUAAUCCAAUUAGAACAUUUAAACUAAUUUUUCAACCUUGAAUAAUAACUGAUAUUUUUCAGCUGUUAUAAUUUGUUUUUGCUAGAAUAUCAUUGUACCUAGAUAAAUGUAUUCAGACCCUAGACCUGUUGUUAGUAUAAUAUUAACCUAGAAACUCUCUAGUUAGAUUGUUAUAUUUUAGUAUUUUUACAAAUAAUAAUGUGUUUUUUUUUCAA